UUUUACGCUCUUCAAGAUGUAGGAAGUGAAGAACUCUCGCGCUCUCUCUCUCCGAAACAUCCAUAUUAGCUCCUUCAAGACGAAUCCCAUAGUAAAGUAAUCGUUUAUCAGACAGAAUCUCAGGCGACGCGACAGUGGGGCUGACAUUUUUCUCCAACCAGAGAGAGAAAGACGAAGAAAUUGCUGCCAGAUUUGAAAGAAAUUUGAUUUUUGAAUGCGAUUGUCCUAUCGGUGUCCGUUUCUGUUAAAAAAAAAAACCCCCCAGAACUUCCCCCAAGCUUUUCAAACUUCCGGUUUCUCGAUCCCCUGUUUCUAUGUCCUUUCGUCGUUUUCGGGAGCUGUUUUUCGACCGUUUUCCCCCCAUUUUAAGAAGCAGUAGAUUGCUUCUGGGGUUUCUUGAAUCUGCGAGAUUGCUUCUUGGAUCAAUUCGAACAAUGGGUCUCCAAGAUCGAGCAAUUUUCUGAUCACUGUGGAGAGAAAAAUUCUGGGUCUGGUCUCACAGUAGCUCAUUUCUCACUCUUUGCUUAGAGAGAGAAAGUUGGGGGGGGGGGGUGUUUGAAGAGCAAGCUCUAUUUGGUUACUUUUCUUGAAGGUGAAGAAGGUGGUGAAAGACUGGGGAAGGAGAAGCAUUUGGUGACUGUUAUGUUAAUCAUGCUGGAAAUCUUCCAGUUCUAAAGCAAAUCAUAUCAGUUCAAGUUUAGCUCUGUGCUGAUCAAUUCAUUUCCAAUUGGAGAAUCAUGGUGGAGGACGGUACGAAUGGACGUUCAGGGGACUGCCAGUCGACUGAAGAUUGGUUGUUGCGUGCGCAAGAGCUGGUUCUGAUGGCGCUACAUAAGGCCGUGGAUGUCAAAGUGUUUCCUGGUAGGUGGAAGAUGAUUAUUUCGAAGAUGGAGCAGCUCCCGUCCCGGUUAUCGGAUUUGUCUAGCCACCCCUUCUUCUCCAAAAAUGCUCUCUUUAAGGAGCAAUUGCAGGCUGUCUCGAAAACAUUGGAAGAAGUAGUUGAAUUAGCAGAGAUCUGUCUGCAAGAAAAAUACGAAGGGAAGCUUCGAAUGCAAAAUGACCUCGACUCUUUAUCCGGGAAGUUGGACUUAAAUUUGCGAGAUUGUGGCCAUUUGAUCAAGACAGGAGUACUAGGUGAAGCGACUCUGCCUGUAUCGGUUACCGGUUCUUCGACUGAACCCGAGUCUACUGACCAUAGAAAUGUGAGGGAGUUGCUUGCCCGGCUGCAGAUUGGGCACUUGGAGGCCAAACACAGAGCUCUUGACAGCCUUGUUGAGGUCAUGAAAGAGGAUGAAAAGACCGUCCUGGCCGUCUUAGGACGUAAUAACAUUUCCGCUCUGAUCCAAUUGCUCGCUGCAACAUUUCCUUGCAUUCGUGAGAAAGCAGCAAUGGUUAUUUGCUCGAUUGUGGAAUCGCAGAGUUGCGAAAAUUGGCUGAUCUCAGAGGGUGUUCUGCCGCAUCUCAUACGGCUUGUUGAGUCUGGCAGUCCUCUUUGUAAAGAAAAGGCUGCAAUUUCCCUCCAAAGGCUAUCAACGUCAGCCGAAACUGCCCGGGAAAUUGUUGGUCACGGAGGAGCUCAGCCACUGAUCGAUAUCUGCCAAACAAACAAUUCUGUGUUACAGGCAGCAGCUGUAUGCACUUUGAGGAACAUGUCAACCAUUCCUGAGGUUAGACAAUCUCUAGCCGAGGAAGGAAUCGUCCCGGUAAUGAUCAAUCUCCUUGGUAGCGGAAUUCUGUUGGAGUCCAAAGAAUACGCAGCGGAAUGCUUGCAAAAUCUCUCUGCAGGCAGUGAAAAUCUACGAAAGUCUUUGAUAUCCGAAGGCGGUAUACAAAGUCUAUUAGUUUACAUCGACAGCACACUCGCCCAGGAAUCUGCAAUCGGAGCACUGAGAAAUCUGGUUAGCUUGGUUCCAACUGAUGUUCUAACAUCGCUCGGCGUUCUGCCGUGUCUGCUGCACGUCCUUAGAGCAGGAUCAUUAGGCGCUCAGCAGGCAGCCGCAUCAGCCAUGUGCGUAAUUAGCAGCUCGACAGAGAUGAAGAAGAUAAUCGGCGAAGCGGGGUUCAUUCCUCCACUAAUCAAGAUGCUUGAGGCAAAGUUGAACAGCGUCCGGGAAGUGGCAGCACAAGCGAUCGCAAGCUUGAUGACUCUACCCCAAAAUGUAAACGAAGUGAAGAAGGACGAGAACAGUGUCCCAAAUCUUGUGACGUUGCUCGACUCGAGCCCUCAAAACACAGCGAAAAAAUAUGCAGUUGCCUGCCUUGUGAACCUUGCCUCGAGCAAGAAAUGCAAGAAGCUGAUGAUUUCCCAUGGAGCAAUUGGGUACCUCAAGAAACUCGUGGAAAUGGAAGUUCCUGGUGCUAGAAAGCUACUUGAGAGAUUGCAAAGAGGAAACUUGAGUUUUUUCACCAGAAAAUGAACGAAAAACGGCAGCGUUCCAUUGUAUGUUCGUGAUCGAAUGCUCGAGUUUUUUGGUUGAUCUUCAUUGUUCAAAUCGUUGCGGAAUGUACAUAUUCGAGUACAAUCGAUUGAAAGGAACGAACCUGAUCCAGCCUCCUGAACUCUCUCUUCAUUUCUGUUAGUUUAUUUUUUUCCCUUUUUUGGUGAUGAAUUCAAGAGCAAAAUCUGGAAUUCGAUCUGUAUUUAAUUUGAUCCAAUAACUUAUGUUUUUGUUCAGUUUC